AUUUACGUCUCCUUAUCUCCUUCUUAUUUCAUGGUAUAGUCUUGCUUUAAUAUUAUUCAAUAUGGAAUCUAUGGAGUCACAGCUUAGUUAUUCUGAUUUGUUGUUAUGAUAUUAAAAAACGUAGCAUUAAAUGACAAAUUUAAAAACGCUAAAGUGAGUAGAAGAAUGCUUUGCGGCAAGUAAUGCCACAAUAAUUCAGUAAAGAAAACUUAGCACAUAGAGGUUAUAUUCAAUCACAAAUAAACACAAUAGAUUCGCGUAGAUGUUGGAUGAAGCUUCAAAAGCUUUGAAGAAAAUUUAUUUAGAAUGGGGAUUCCUGGUUUAACAACGUACAUAUCGAAUGAUUCGGAGCGUUAUCUCGAAUAUUACGCGCUACAUGACAGUUAUUUAGUAAUUGAUGGCAACAGUAUAUGCUGUCAAUUGUAUACUUGGUACGCAAAAUGUAAUUGCGCCUUUGGUGGUGAUUAUGACAAAUAUGCCCAGUGCGUGAGAGAUUUUUUUGAUAAACUUUUAAAAUGUAACGUCACUCCGCUGGUUUUGAUCGAUGGCGGCUGCGAGGAUAAGAAGUUACAGACAAUUAUAUCUCGAACCAAGCAAAAGAUUGAGAUUGCAUCAAGUUAUACCUUAUCUUCUCAGCAUCGCAGCAAAUUUCUUCCCCUGCUUAUAAGAGAGGUCUUCAAAGAUGUGAUGAUUGAGAAAGGUAUUAGGUAUGCACAGUGCAUAUUUGAGGCAGACAAUACCAUAGCUGCAAUAGCACGCAUUCUCAAUUGUCCCGUAUUGAGUUAUGACUCUGACUUCUAUAUUUAUGGAUCGUUAUACAUACCGUUCAAUACAUUGGAAAUUGGCAUAGUACCUAAACCAACAGGCAGGGGUUACAUGAAACGCUGCAAAAUUUACUAUGUUGAGAAACUUUUCCGAGCUUACUACGGAUUGAAUCAGUCUUUACUGCCCUUAGCAGCAGUAUUAUUGGGAAAUGAUUAUGUGAAGCAACACACAUUUAGAAACUUCUUGCGUCAUCAACCACGAAUGGGAAGAAGGAGAUACAACAAUGAACAACAACGACGUAUAGACGUCGCAUUUCAUUGGUUACGAAGACGCAGUUUAAAUGAAGCGGUAAUCGGGAUAUUAAGUAGAUUACGAAAACGAGAACGUAAACACGUUUUAAAUAUAAUAGAAACAACAAUAAAUGGUUACAUCAACGCACCAUUGAGUGUGUUACACACACUUGGUAUUUCUGCGGAAAUCUCUUCGAGGAUAAACAUGCAGAAUAUGUCUAAGCUAUACAAGUUUGAAGGCGAUAUAUAUAAUUUGACAUAUGUGGACGAACAGACAAAUGAGGUGGAGCCGAGCGAUGGGGAAGAGAUAGAGGACAGAGAAGUAGCAAACAUACUUGAAGACAAGGAAUUGGUUUCUAAUGAAUCUCUGGUUGACAAUUUGCCUCAGUGGUUUAUUAAUGAAUUCAAACAAAGCAGAUAUCCUUCCUAUUUUAUAGAUUUAGUAAUAAGGAAGUUGUAUGUUUGCCCUACACAAAUUGAAGAUCCUUCUCAUGUCUCAUCUAUCAUUGUAAGUUUAAAAAUUAUAGGUGUUAUUUAUGGAUUAUUGAUGUCAGGAGUAAAAGGAAGGAAAACCGAUAUGGAAUAUAUAACCAAAGAUGAGAAUAAGAAAAUUAAGCGUUAUCAAUUGGAGUACAGCGACAAUAUACUUGGUUGUAAACUACCUCCUUUACUCAACCUGAGAGAAGUACCCAUUGUCAUCAGAAGAGAAAUUUUAAACACCACUUUGACGAUUUCCAAUGCAAAUUAUAUAAACGAAAUUCCAUCGAUUUGGAUGUUAUAUAUUGCAACUAUGAAGUAUUGGAUAGGUCAACAACAGGAACCAUCUAAAUUCAAUUGUCAUAUAUACUCUUUAUUAUUCGCUUUGUUAUUUAAUAUAAUAGAUCAUAAUAUAGGCUUCUCUAGAAUCCUAAGUAAAUUCAAUCAAAGAUUUAGUAGAACUGUGGAUAAUAUUCGACAUGAAAGAAGAGUGAGAAAUUAUCAGCCACAAUACUCAAUCAAUGCUACACUUGUAGAUGCAAUUCACGAGGUUAAUGCAGAUGACUGCUUAAUUACAGCCGCAUUUUUCAUAUCUAAUUUUGAAAUAGAUCAGAAACUGUAUAUGCAACCGAAAAAAUUUAAUAUUGCAAUUGUUCAUGGUUUUGCAGAAUUUCAAAAUUGUUUGAGACAUAGUAUGAACUUAAACGCAUUAUUGGAAUAUCCGUAUGAACCAAUCAAAGUUGCUAAUGUGUUCAAUGGGACAUUAUUGUACAAUUUAUGUAGCAAUUUUAAAAAACGUGACGAUGUUGAAGUUUAUAUCAAUUUAAUUUUGCAAGAUUCCCCAAGUUUGUCGCGUCUAUUUAACAUACUUUUAUUAAAAGUCAAACCUUUGCUUAAUACUGCACUAGAGAGGAAGACCGAGAAAGUUGAUAAAUGUAAAAAGCAAAAAACAAAAAGACAUGAAAAAAAGGAAUAUAUUCCACACGAAGAAGAUCGUGAAGAAGAAAAAACAUGCGAAAGCACCAGUGAAGAAUUUUAUGAUAUAAAUAAUCCGUUUUCUAUACUUGGUACCGCGUAGUAUUAAGCUUUUUGUUGUACAUAAUUAAACUGCGUACAGAGUUGCUUUACAAUUUAAAUAUUUUAUGUUUGUACGUUAUGUGUACAUAGUAUAUAUAUAUGUGCGUGCGUGCGUGCG